CUUCCGCACGGAAGUGCUUUUUUGCCGAUGGGCCCGGUUCGGACGCCUCCGCCUGCGGUGCUGGGAGCCGUGGAGGCCGCAACCAUGGGGUUGAGAGAGGGGUCUCUGGCCCCCAGAGUCGGUUGUCUCCUGCCUUCCGGACCCGGAACCCGGCUCCUGCAGCUGCCUCGGGGUGUCGCCGACCAUCCUGUCGGUCGGACCCCGGGCUCUGGGAGAGACCUGGAAGGCUGGUCGGAAGCGCUGUCGGCCGCCGUGAGCAUGCUCCGCGCAGGGGGGCUGGUCGCGGUCCCCACGGACACGCUGUACGGCGUGGCCUGCUCUGCCUGCUGCUCGGCGGCCCUCGGAGCGGUGUACAGCCUCAAGGGCCGCUGCCAGACCAAGCCAUUGGCCGUGUGCCUGGGCCGCGUGGCCGACAUCUACAGGUAUUGCCAGGUAAAAGUUCCUCGAGAGCUCUUGGAGGACCUGUUGCCUGGUCCUGUAACCCUGGUAAUGGAACGUUCAGGAGAACUCAACAAGGACCUGAAUCCUUUCACCCCACUUGUAGGUAUUCGGAUACCUGAUCACGCCUUCAUGAGAGAUUUGGUUCAGAAGUUCUCUGGACCCCUUGCCCUCACCAGUGCCAACAUUAGCUCACAGCCAAGUUCAUUGAAUGUUAAGGAGUUCCAGGAUCUCUGGCCUCAUUUGUCCUUAGUCAUCGACGGAGGACCAAUUGGAGAUGUGAAAAGUCCUGAAUGUCGACUUGGCUCCACUGUGGUAGACUUAUCAGUGCCUGGAAAGUACAGAAUUAUUCGACCAGGCUGUGCACUUACACAGACUGCAGCCAUUCUCCAGAAGAAGUACGGCUUGGUUCCUUCAGAAGAGUCCUGCUCAUGAAAAGAGAGGAGGAAAUUACAAGGACUAAAACUAGGCACUGUGUGUCUGUCAACUGGUGUGACCUUGUUUAAUGAGGUCAUCGGGGCCACUUCUAAAGAUUUAGCCUCUUUGAGUCUUGGAGCUCCCAAGGAAAUCUUAGACUCUGCUUGUCUGAAGUUAUAUGGACUGAUUGUUUCCAUUGAAUUGAUGGAAAAAGAGACACAAUUACAAUCAGUGUUUGUUUUAUAAGUUCUUGAGAACAGUCUUGUUCUGACAUUGGAAUAAGUGGUUUACUUUUGGGAAAGUGGUCUUAGCAUUUGCUUCUCUUUCCUUCAAAGGUUUGAGUUCUGGAGAGCUCUUCCAUCUGGGCCCUUGGUUGGUAGCAUGGGUAAGGGGCUUGAGAAUGUUAAUAUUAACACCAAGUGACCAAAGUCACUUGGGAUUUAUUUACUGCUGGGGUUGGAACUUAAAAUAAAAUCUCAAAAGGCUUA